AAAAAGUAAAUUUUUUAUAUUCUAUCUCUCGCAGCCGUCGAUGCGGCACGCCGGCUCUCUCUCUCCUUCGCGCUUCUCUUGCAUCUUCUCUUCUCUCGAUCGUACCUGCGAUAUAGUGUCAAAAAAAAGAUGACUAGAGGCAAAACGAAAACAUGGUCCUCCGCCAAUUACUCAAUAAUGUCGAAAUCGAGAAAGACGAACUCUGAAUAUUAGAUCUCAGCGGAUAUUCGCAGUGAUUACGCAGAACAUGGUGCGCACUGCGUAGCAGUGGGCGCGCCUUGUGCAGGUGUGGGUGCAGUGGUAUAGAGCGCAAAGGCGGGAGCCACGGCGCCCGUGAAGUGACCACGGUGGAGGCUACUGAGGGGGCGACGUCCAGUAUCUUCGCGAUCUAGAGACGCCCUAACCACCGCCGUCGCCUCUGCCGCUGUCACCGUAGCAACCUUUAUGGCCAUAAUCACCUCUUUCAGCAUUAAGGUCUUCCUUGCCCCGCUCCCCCUCGGAGCUCUUGGAUUCUACUUAUAUGUAUACUGGGUGCGUUCCGUUUUGCGCAUAGUACGCAUUGCUUACAUCGCUAAUGCUUAGCGCAUUGGUUGCGUUUCGUUUCAUUAUACGCACGAUGCAUGCUUUGAAACGGAACGAUAUUGAACGCAUUGGAAGUGGGAAAUUAAAAUGGAUUCCACAAUAAAUUGCGCUGUCAAUGUGACAACGUUUUUAAUUGAUGAAAUGAGUGACAUGAGUAGCGAAUUAUCAAGUUGCAGUUCUGAUGAUUAUGAAAUGAGUGACGAAGAAUAUGAUAGUUCAAGUACAGGCUAUGAAUUAGAAAUUUUAUAUUCAGUUUUAAUGGUGGGCGAAACACGUGGAGAAACAGUUUAUAAAGAAGAUUUUGUUGAGAGAGUUAUUCCUGGAUACACGAGACGCGUAUUCAAAGAACAUUUUCGAAUGUUUCCAGAAACAUUUGAAGUAGUGUUACAAUUAAUCGGGCCAGGAUUAAGAGCCAUAGAUGCAUUGCCUGGAAGAAAACCAAUUUCUGCUCAAAAACAACUCCUCAUUGCAAUUUGGUUCAUGUCCACUCCUGACUCUUAUAGGUCUGUAUCGACGAAAUUCGGAGUUGGAAAAGCAACUGCAUUUAGAGCAUUAAGACGAGUAACAUAUGCUCUACAUUGCAUUGCUCCUCAGUUUAUUCAAUGGCCUAAAAAUGCAGUUGCCACAAAAGUAAUGGAGAAAUUUGAACAAGCUUGUGGUGGUUUUCCAAAAGUAAUAGGUGCUAUUGAUGGCACUCACAUUAAGAUUCGUGCUCCAAAAGAAGAUCCAGACUCGUACAUAAACAGGAAAGGCUUUCACUCAAUAAAUGUACAAGUUGUCUGUGAUUCGUUUGGACUUUUCACCCAUUGCUACGCCGGGCAUGUGGGAUCUGUGCACGAUGCAAGAGUUUUUCGGAAUUCACCAGUGGCAGAUUUUCUUCAAUUACAUGAAAUUUACUUUCCCGAUAAUUCUCAUAUUAUUGGAGAUGCUGCGUACGGUAUUCAUCCACAUGUCAUGGUACCUUUUAGAAAUAAUGGUCAUUUAACUAAUGCGCAAAAAAAUUUUAACUAUUGUCUGUCAUCUACGCGAAUGGCAAUUGAACGAGCAAUAGGUCAUCUGAAAGUUCGUUUUAGAAUUCUCUUAGACUGUUUACCUUUAACAGACACCCUACAAAUUCCCGAAUUUAUUUUGGCCUGUUGUGUAUUACACAACAUUUGUAUUUUGCAAAAUGAUAUAAUCGAACUGUUGGGUAUAUGUACAAAUGAAGAAGAAGAAGUAAGACCUAUUUUACAUGAUAAUGCAGUUGAAUUAGGAAAUGUUAAAAGAAUUGAAAUUAUGAAUGCUUUACCGAGGAAAAUAUAAUAUUAAAGUGUAUGUAGUAUACUCGACAACAUUAUGUAUAUAAUAAUAAA